AUGGAUUCCAGUAAUCCCUCCCAGAACCCACAGCAAACCGACAAUGCCCAAUCGCCACCAGAACAGCAGACCCCGGUGGCCAACUCCGCGCCGUCUCCCGCGCUAGAACAUGCCUACUGGGCUGAGUUUGAGGAGGAUCCGUCGGUGCCAGACGAAGCAGAAAUGAGAGACAUUGAGUCAAAGGUGGAUUGUGACACCUCUGCAACCAAGUAUGACCACUGGGAAAAGACCUUUUACCCCGACCUCAAUGACCCCGAGUACAGGCCUGUUGAAAAGGCGCGCCUGUCUUGGAAAUUGAAGGGUGUUCGGGGAUCGAAGGAAUGCCCGAACUGGGCCAAGGUCAUGCGCUCUCCUGCCGCGUAUGUUGGUGGUUACUGGUGGACGAUCAAGUUCUUUCCUCGCGGGAAUAAUACGAAGUCGUUGAGUAUCUAUCUCGAGUGCUCGACCACCAUGCCCACCGCAGACAAGACAUUGUCCGAGAGCGAGUUCAAAGUACACCGGGGCACCCCCGAUGCCACUUUGAACAACUGCACGCCGGAUCUGGAUUUCAAGACCGAGAAGACAGGCGACUCCGCCGCCUGGCUGGACAUGUAUAAGUCCAAGUACCCUGUAGCAGCAGCUAGGCAAGAGCACUCCCAAGACUGGAGAGUUGCUGCUCAAGUCGGAGUCAUCAUCUACAACCCCGACGAACCCCGUACCGGAUGGAUGCAAUCCUCGUGUCACCAGUUCAACCCCCACAAUUUGGACUGGGGCUGGACCGACUUUCACGGGCCAUGGGACAAAAUCCACAUUCGUCAAUCUGGUCAGCGCCAGCCACUCCUUCGAAACGACACCCUGGCCUUUGACGCUUACAUCCGCAUUAUUGACGAUCCCACCCAUUCGCUUUGGUGGCAUCGCAGUGUCACGGAACAUACCUGGGAUAGUCUGGGCUUGACUGGCUACCGGCCACUGGGUGAUUCUGGCAUUAACCACAGUGCGGAAGUAGCGGGCCUGGCUUCUUGGUUGCAAAUUGCUCCUUUUUGCAACAUCAUUCAGAGCGUCGAUGUCUUAGAGCAUCUGACAAACUGCGAGGUCAAACCCAAGCCAUUGUGUGAUGCACUGCAGAAGGUUCUGUGGAAGCUGCGCUCCCGCAGUGAGCCACUGCAGUAUGUCGAGACCGAUGUAGUCACCGCCACACUGCGCAAUCUGAAUGAGUACUCCGGCGACGUGACCGAAUUCUGGGAACGCUUGCGUCGUGGCCUCGAAUUGGAACUCGCUGGGACCAAAGCAGGCGAGGAAUUUGCCAAGCUGUUUGACAGUCCCUCAGUUGCACAGCUUCCUGGGGCCCUAGAACCCGUCAACACGCUUCCCCAAGAUUACAACUCGCGCAUCUCCGUUCCAGCCGAUGAGGCCAAAACGACAGGUGAAGCUUUGACCAAGUAUUUGAGCACAAAACCCGGCCGAUGGGCUCUGCCCCCGGUCCUCAACAUCGAGCUCAAUCGUCACAAACUCGACAAAGCCACAAAGCAAUGGCGCCUCCUCUACAACCGCGUCGAACCGGACGAAGAACUCGACCUCACAGAACAAGUCCCAGAAGGCCAAUGCGGCCGCUACGUGCUGUACGGUUACAUAGUCCACCGAGGACGCCGCACCUCAAGCAAGUUCUUUAGCAUUCUCCGUCCCGGCGGUCCAGGGACCAAAUGGUUUGCAUUUGACGACGGCAGCGAUAAACGCGUGGAGUGCUUGACGCGGAAGACGGCAUUCGGACAGCAUUUGGGUCUGGAUGCUUCUAAGAAACCGGACCAGAAGACUGGUCAUGAUGUUGCUGUUGUCAUGAUGUAUAUCCGCAGCGAUGUUGUGAGUGAGUUUUUGCCUGGUCCGCAAGGACCGUGCGAUGCGCCGGAGGUCAUGAGGGAGUACUACGAGAAGGGCGAAGAUCCGUUCAACAAAGCUGUGGAUGGCAAACCUGUCGAAUCUGAUCUGCAAGUUGAGGUCUACUCGCUGCCAAACUACAACGAGAUGGGUAGUCUGUUUGAUACAUAUGACUUGAUGUCUCGAGCUAAGUCAAGCAACAACGUCAUGUAUUUGAGCGUACCUCGGUCCUCGACGUUUGUCGACCUCCGCAAGAAGGUGUCGCUUUGGAAGUCAUCUGGUGGUGACACCGUUUCAUCAGAACUCGUCCGUCUCUGGCAAAUCGGACACACACUCGAUCGUCAUGGACCAACGCUUGCAUUCUCCCGUGUCUCGAACCUCAACGACGCAUUGGACCUGCCAGCUAAGGUAGCGCGUUUCUGGAUGCAAAUUGUAUCAGAUGAAGAAGCGAAAUACUUCGCCAUGCCCGACCCUCCAAAGACUAUUGCUUCGGUGCAGAAGCCCCAGCCUACGGGAGCUGUCGCCGAGCAAAGGUCUUCGGAGUCUAUUCACGAAGUGGAUGACUCGGCUGAUCCGGCUUUGCCUGGGCAGCAGUCUGAGAUCGCUAGUAACGAUGGACAGCCAUCUGCUCCGACUCCUCCUUCGUCAGCAGAGGGGAACCCUGGUAGCGACGCUGCAUUUGCUCGAAGGAUUGCCAGUGAAAUUCGGCAGAUUGAUAGGAUUACGGCAGCUGAAGCCCAGCAGCAGCCAACACCCUUUGCUGAGCCAGUUGCUGAAUUGACAACCCAGAUUCGAACCCAAGAAGCAUCCGAGCACGCAGAAUCACAAGUCCAACUACCAGUACCCCACGUCUACUACUUCCUCCAACUCUUCAACGCCGACACGCAAACCCUCCGCACAAUAGGCACAUUCUUCUCCCGCGCAGAAGAAAAUAUCAAAUCCGCCCUCCACACCCACCUCCCCCACCCGCCCAAAGACAUCCUGAUCUGGCAGCGCACAGACACAACAACCCUACUCUCCCUCUCCGCCAGCGAAACCUUCACUCCAGCAACAACACCCGACGGCACCUGCUUCAUCGUGUCUGAGCGCCUCUCCACUCAAAAACGCACUUCCCUCCACGCAGCCGGCAACUUCUCCACCCCAGACCCGCUCCUCACAUACCUCUGGGCCACAGCUCGCAAGCAUCCAACGCACUCCUUCACAGGGACCACUACCCUCCCCGUCACAUUCACAAGCGACUACUACACCGGCGCCCUGCACAAAGGCCACUACCACGGCCACGGCACACACAUCACCCCCCUCGGCAACAUCUACACAGGCACCUUCAUCUUUUCCCGCCGGCACGGCCACGGAACAAUGGAAUACCCUUCGGGAGACACAUACGAAGGCGACUGGGCCAAUGACGUCUGCCACGGACAGGGAACCUAUAUCGAAGCGAAGACCGGGAACAAGUAUGUUGGUGGGUACAAGGAUGGGAAGAGAAGCGGGAAGGGGAUUAGUUAUUGGGAGGUUGUAGAUGAGGAGAUGGAUUUGUGUCAGAUUUGUUAUGGGGGCGAAAAGGAUGCGUGCUUUUUCGAUUGCGGGCAUGUUUGUGCUUGUGUGGGGUGUGCGCGGAUGGUGGAUUUGUGUCCGAUUUGUAGGAGGAGAAUUGUGAACGUUGUUAAGAUUUAUAGGACAUAG